AUGAACAAUAAUUUUGAAAAACCAAACAGAGAACAUUUCCCGCAAGAGUUAGCUGCAGAGUUAGUACGGCCACAAAUAAUGAAAAGAAUAUAUAUGGAUAAUAUCCCAAGAAAUAUAAAGAAAAGGGCUAUCGCUUUACUGAACACUGAGGAAACUACUCUAGCAACUGACAAGGCUACUACAAAGAAACAAAAACUUGGAAAAGGUGCGCUGCAGUGCUCCGAAGUGAAGCCGUAA